AAACUCGGAGUCGCGUCCUGCCGCUGGGCACGAUCUUGGAGACGACGGUCAAGCAAGCUCAGUGACGACGACGCCGCCCACGAGCAGGCCUGGAGCCCAACUCUUUUUCCGUGAUCAUCGCCCGGGGCACCGGUGCGCCUUGGCGGGCCUCCUGGGCGCGGUGCACGGUGCGUCCGAGCGACCGCGGCGGAAGUACCACUUCUGCCUCUCGUCGUGCGCCACACCAGCAUCUUCACGUAGCCCAGCUCGUCCCACCGGACAUGUUGACGCCGAGCGCGUCCUCCAGGUCCACGCUCCCGGGGUCACAGACACCAGCGGCGUCUUGAGCACCGGCCCACGCAUGGGCAGGACGGGCCGCCAGAAGUUCAGCACCAUCAUGCCGCGCACGUCGGGGCUCUCGAACCGCCUGCGGGGACAACUUGCCCAUCACAUGGGGUAG